AUGACCGGCUCCGCAGCAGAAGCCCAUUCUCUAAGGAAUUGGGCUAUUUUUGGCUCAACUUUGGCCACACUUGGUACUUUGUUGGUCGUUGUUUUGGUGCCAGUCGUGUACGAGAAUGUCCAGCGAAUUCAGACGAUAAUGGACGGUGAACUGGAGUUCUGUCGACAUCGUGCGGCAAAUGUUUUCAGCGAAAUUAGAGUGACAAAAGUAAGAAUUUUAAAACUUUGUUUUACAGAGCUUUAUUUCGAAUCUUAUUUUCAGAUGAUACUCUCCGCAAAUCGUCAAAAACGACAAGCUUUCACCGGCCGACGAAGCAUUAUUUCGUCCAUAACUUCCAGACAAUCUAGAAACACUGUUCAUCCGCCAUCUAAAGCCCCGUAUGAUGUUCUGCAAGCCAGUACGACUUAUGGGUCAUCCUCCAAUGACGCAUACAACCCUACAGCCACCCCAUCGCCUUCUUCAUCUUAUCAAGAGGCCAGCUCAACUUCUGCUCCAGCUUAUGACACUUCAAUCCCACCGGCAUAUGGUUCGUCAGAAAGCUCACCAUCUUCCUCAACUUGCUGCGGAUGUGGAGUAUCUCCGCCAGGCCCUGCUGGUCCGCCAGGUCCUCCAGGAAGCGAUGGGUUUGACGGCCAACCCGGUCAGCCGGGAAAUGAAGGAGCUCCGGGACUUGAGCUGCCUUAUCCCCAGGAACAGCCCGCCUUCUGUUUCGACUGCGCUCCCGGCCCUGUUGGUCCUCCAGGUCAGCCAGGACAACCAGGACGUCCAGGCAGAGAGGGAUAUCCCGGAAGACCGGGAUUGAUAUCUUAUCCCGGCAGGCCUGGAUAUCCCGGUCAUCCCGGACCUCGAGGCGAACCUGGUCCGGACGGAAGACCCGGUCAUCAAGGAGCUCCGGGUCGCUUGACUCAACUGCCCGCCAGAAUUGGCCCUCCAGGACCACCUGGCCCUGUCGGACGUCCAGGAUGGCCAGGAUACAAAGGAGCGGAUGGUAAGCCUGGAGAGACGACCCAAGGCCCUCCGGGAGAUCAGGGAGCUCCAGGAACGCCGGGACAGCCCGGCCAGCCGGGCGCCAUUGGAGAAUUGGGAACAACUGGGCCGGAUGGAAGAUGUGAUCAUUGUCAUAUCCCUAGAACAGCUCCUGGAUACUAA